GCAGAGCCUAGCGAAGAUGAACUAGUCUUGGCGGAGAGCUGAUGAAGACUACCCUCGCAGAAAUGCCUCGUUUGCAUGUUUUCGAGUACCUUCUUCAGCUCCACCAGAAUAUGUCUGGUUUGGAGAUCCUGAGGACUCAGCCUUACCAUAGGCGAAGCAACGUUGCAGCUGCAACAUCAGCAUCCAUAGCAACGACUCGUGAUGGAAACAGAAAACCACAUAAAAAGAAAGCAGGAAACAGGAAACCACAUAAAAAGAAACUGAGUGAACAAGUCCUAUCCAAAUUUAAUUGUGAUAAUAUUAACUAUCAACAAAUUAAUGAAAAGAAGGGGAAGAAGAAUACUAGGAAUGUUGUGAAACGCACAAAUAACGUUGUUAUACAGAGUGUAAAUAACGUGGAAAAAAAGAAGACAAAAGUAAGUCUUAAAAGAAAACUGGAAAAUGUGCAGCAGUCAGAGUACAGUGGGGAUACUGUCAGUAAUAAGAAGACAACUUCUAAUUUUGAUGAAGGUACUCUUCAAAAGUCAUGCGUUGAUGACUCGUGCAUUGUAAAUUCAUGUGUUGAGGCAUGCGUUGAAGAGUCAUGUGAUGAGCAGUCAUGCGAUGAACAGUUGCGUAUUGAAGAGCCAAGUGUUGAAGAGAUUGUAAAUAGCAAUAUUACAGAAAAUCAAGAAGUUUUCAGCAAAUCUUCCAGUUCAGUCCAUCAUAUGCGAGAACCAAGACUUCAGAAAACUGAUAGUAAACAAGUGCAAAAUGUUUACGAUAGUAACUUGAGAAAUAAAUGGGCACAUCACAGUGUUAACAGCGAAGCUUGUGAAUUCCCUCAUGAUCCUAAAAGGGAAAAGAAAUUAAGAAAAAGGGAGAGAGGUACACCUGGCACAGAAGCCGUGAAAAUAGUUACAAAUGAGUUCCAGCCACAUGAAUGUCCACCGGCCUCUGUUGGUGGAGAUGAUUCAGUAUUUGAAUGUAAACUUCAGGAGAGCAUUGUCAUGAAAGACGACAGCAUCAUUGUAAUUACUGAAGACAUUAUUAUAUUUGAUGGUAAUGCCUUACGUAAUGAUGUCACCCAGGAAAAUGCUGAAAUUCUUAUUGAAGAACCAGACAUUCCUGAAAACAAAAGUGGAAUAGUUUUAUGGGAAAAUCGCAUGAAAACAAUGGCUAAACAGACUAGAGGAAACCAUAACAGGAAAGGAAUGCCUCGCAUUAAAGAAAAUAAGUGUAGGACAAGGAAGGUGUCAUAUAUAACCGAGCCAGUAACAUGCUUGAUGUAUACAGAAGGAAAUGUAUCAAAAUGUAAUGCUAAGAAUACUUUUAUCUUAAAAUUCACAGCAAGAAUUUGCAAAAUGCCAAUGUGGCACUUUUAAGACAGCUGUCACCAGACAUAGAUGGAACUCAGAGGUUUAUUAUAAAAGGUGUCAUUCAUAAUACAUUAGGCCUAAAUGUUCAAGCCAUAUUUUCUUAUCUUGAUAAGAUUCUAAAUCAGGAGACUGAUGGAAUAAAUAUGAUUAAUAUAGUAUUUUUAAAGAACUAUUGCAGGUUGCAGAUAUGAGAAUU